GACGCCAGAGUGUCGUUUCUUUAAGCAACAGCGCGGAUUAUCUGUCCCGCGCGAGCUUGGCGGGGACGGGGGAGCGCGGCGCGGGGACCAAGGAGGCGGGGCGCGCGUCGUGCGCAGACGCCGCCGCGGCGCUGUGCGACAGGGCCGCGUAUGUUUGUUUCGUGGUGGACGGAACGUUGCCUACGACCGUUAGCGAAUUACGUCACGAAACAUCCAAGGAUAGUGUAUUGUCCCGCGUCGUAAAUCUUGUACUAAACGGCUGGCCAACUAAAAUAGCCGAUUUAAAGUUGAAGCCGUACUUUUUGUGCCGAAAUCAGCUCUCGGUAGAAAACGGUUGCUUAAUGAGGGGCCAUAAAGUUAUAAUACCAAGUUCAUUGCGUAAAAAGGUAAUGGACGAAUUGCAUACUUCCCAUUUAGGAAUAGUUAAAACGAAAGCGGAAGCGAGGUCGAGAUUUUGGUUUCCAGGCGUCGACGACGCAAUUGAACAUUUAAUUGGGUCGUGCGAGGUGUGCUCCCAGCUGAGGCCGUCACCGCCGCGGACGAAGCUGGCGCCGUGGAAGUUUCCUCCUCAGCCGUUUUACCGGGUGCACAUCGACUUCUUAGGGCCGUUAAAUGGUCGGUCGUAUUUGGUCGUCGUAGACUCGCACACCAAAUGGGUUGAAGUGUACGACAUGAACACGAACACAACUUCAAAUGCAGUAGUCGAGCGGUUAUACGAGUACAUUGCGCGUUAUGGGUUGCCGAACACGAUAGUGAGCGAUAAUGGACCUUCCUUUGCCUCGCAAGAAUUUUCUAGGUUUUGCGUAGGAAACGGCAUUAGCCAUUUGACAACUCCGGCGUACCACCCGGCUAGCAAUGGACAGGCGGAAAGUUUCGUAAAGGUUGUGAAAAAAGGCAUUAAAAGUAGCGUCAUGUCUAGUCGUACAGCGAAGGAAUGUAAGUUACGUCUCCUCCAGUUCCUCUUUGACUAUCGCAAUUCGAUUCACUCCACCACAGGUUUCUCCCCAGCUGAGCUGGUGUACGGGCGUAAACUCAGGUCGCGAUUGGAUUUAAUUAAUCCCAGAGCACCGCCAUCCUCGUUCGGCGCCCUUGCCGAUGUGGUACGGGAUAGGCAGCAGUCGCAAAUUGUAGCCCAUGGUGGGAAAAAUACAUCUUCCUUCUCUCCAGGUGAACGUGUUCUAUAUAAGAAGUUUAGUAGUAAGAAUAAGUUCACAUGGCACAAAGGUACUGUAUUACGGCGACUGGGCAAAGUAUUGUAUGUUAUACAAGAUAAUGCAACUUUGAGUACUUUUAAAAAACACAAAAAUCAACUGUGGUUAUGCAAAGCAGACUAUACCAAAACAAAUUUAAACAUGUCGGAUGUUGAUGAUGUUGAUGAUGAGAUAAUUGAUGGUAUUCCAACAUCGCCAACAUCCUCCGAACAACCAGGGGCCGUACAAGAUAGUAGUGAUAGGGGCCUAUCUGCGGGGGAAGGUGAGGAGGCAUGCUCGCCUCCAGUCACACCGCCUAUCAACCAUCCCAAU